GUCGGUCAUCUACCAAGCAGUAUCCUCGUCUCUGGUGUUCGAAUGGGUAAUUCUAUCACAAAAAAUAAUUAUCACAAUAAUCAGAAGUAUACUAGUCAGUAUAGUCUUAGUGAUAUAAUUGGUGGAAGUUGCAUUGGAUCAACGCAAUCUUCGCAGAAAGAAACUAAAUCAUGGUCUCGUGCUUCUUGCAGAAGCUGGAGCGAAGGUACAUUAUUUGAUCCAUUGGGUACUUCGAAAACAUUGUGGCCUGUAUCACGUUGUCAGGCUAUGUUUCUUCCAGAAUUUCAAAUAAGACAAGUAUCUCUGCAAAAUGCUUAUAUAUUUUUAAGCAUAAUAGCCAAAGGAGCUUAUGGAAAAGUAUAUAAAAUUCAGAAACAAGAUACUGGAGAAUUUUUUGCUUUAAAAGUAAUCAGUAAAGCUAAAGUGGUUGCAGAAAAUGGUAUAAUGCAAGCUAAACAGGAAGUAUCAAUACAAAAAUUGGUUGGUCAUCAUCCAUUUAUAUUAGAUUGCUCUCACAGGUGGCAAGGAAGGAAAACAUUGUACAUAUUAACUAACUAUGUUGGUGGAGGAGAGUUAUUUUCAUUAGUCGAGCAAUGUGGUUCUCUGCCUGAAAAUAUAGUUAGAAUAUAUGUAGCAGAAGUUGCUUUAGCUAUUGAUUUUUUGCACAAUGCUGGUGUUGUACAUAGAGAUAUAAAAGCUACAAAUGUUCUAUUGGAUGAGGAAGGACAUGCUAUAAUUAUUGAUUUUGGUCUUGCAAAGUGGUUAAAUCAUACAGAAAGAACACAUACACUUUGUGGAACUCCAGAAUAUAUGGCACCAGAAAUAUUCAGUAGACAGUAUUAUGGACAAGAGGUAGAUUGGUGGUCAUUGGGAGUACUAGCUUGUUUCAUGCUUACAAAUCAGUAUCCAGCCGGUGCAUCCAGUGAGCUUCUGCCAGAGGACAGAGGGACUAGUUAUGCUCCACCUGGAACUUUGCCACCAAAGGCGGAAAAUAUUUCCCCAGCUGCGAAGGAUUUGUUAAAACGAAUGCUCCAACCGGACCCCUGCUUGAGGUUGAGGUCUCUGUUAAGUCUGCAGAGGAUCGCUUUCUACAUGGGUUACGAUGUGCAGAGUUACAUGCAGAAGAAGGAAUCUCCGUUUCGUCUGCUAGGACGAAAAGUCGAAACCGAGCAGGAGGGAAGGAUCAAUGAGUUCUCCUGUUUCGACUCCUCUUUGGGAGAUAGCAUUUCUCACGCCGAGGAUCGAUGAUCUCAUCACUGUGAUCGUUAAAUAGUAUUGUUGUCCUUAGUCAUUCCAGCCUAAAGCCAGAUCGAUUUUGGCCGAAAGAUGUUGUACAAUUAUUUUUCUAACAUUUUUAUUAACGUUAGCUUGUUGCUCGUUGCUAGUUUUAUAUCGAGCAACGUCGUCGAUGCCAUCCAUUACUUUUAAGCGAAUGAAUAACCGUGGAUUUUAAACUAUUUAGAUUAUUUUCUAGCUCGAAGAGUGAUAUUUUUUUAACUCUGACCUAAGACGCGGAAUCUCCUAUCCUCUGGUGCUAUUUUUCAAGAAAAUUGUUGCAACGUUCAGAGGCUUUUUUUUAUGAAUUAAGAAUAAAUUGCGCAGCUUUUGUAACACGAAAAAUCAAAAAUGUUGAUGUGUCAAUGUGCGAUUGUAGCUUCUGUGUGCAGUGUACGUACUCGAUACUUGAGUUCUGUUUUCUAACCCCGUUGCAUCGGCAAUGGGGCGCGAAAGCAAAGAAACAUAUGAAAGUGAAAUGUAUCCUAUUAGAGAAUAAAAAUAAAUUGUCGUUGUGAUGAUGGUCUGUGCAA